UAAAAAACCGGAAAAGUGUAUUUUGUGCGACAAUUUUAAAAAAUAGGUUUACAUUUAUUAACGUUUUAUUUACGUUAUUUAAAAAAUGGCUUCUAUGAAAGAAAUCUUACAGAUGGACCUGUAUGCUUUGCUGGGAGUUGAAGGAUCAGCGACAGAGAAAGAGAUCAAGAAAGCGUACAGACAAAGAGCUUUAACCUGCCAUCCAGACAAGAACCCGGAUAAUCCAAAGGCUGCUGAGCUCUUCCACCAGCUCUCCCAGGCCCUCGAGGUGCUGACUGAUGCAGCGGCAAGGGCUGCUUAUGACAAAGUCCGCGCUGCCAAGAAACAAGCUGAAGAACGGACGAGGAGGCUAGAUGACAAAAGGAAAAAGAUCAAAUUAGACUUAGAGGCUCGUGAACGGCAAGCAGAAGCAGAAUCUCAGAAAACAGAAGAAUUAAAAAUCACCCGAACAUUAGAAGAAGAAAUUGUGCGCUUGAGAGAAGAGGGCUCCAGACAGCUGCAAGAAGAGCAGAGAUUGAUUCGAGAGCAGAUCCAAAAAGAGAGGGAGCUGAGGUUUAAUGCUCAACCCACACAUGCAGAUUUUUCAUCAGUGCAGCAAGACAACAAAAAGGUCACCCCUAAAUUAAAGCUAAAGUGGAAGUGCAAAAAAGAUGAUGAGAACAACGGUGGUUAUUCCCAGGAAGUUCUUCAAGGCCUCCUUCAGAAGUAUGGUGACAUCUUGAACAUUGUAGUAUCGAGUAAGAAAAAAGGCAGUGCUGUGGUUGAGUUUGCGACUGUAAGAGCAGCGGAGCUGGCAUGCACAAAUGAGAGUGGUUUAACAGGAUCUCCCUUAAAAAUCUCUUGGCUGGAGGGACAACCGGAGACCUUUGUUCCAACAGCACCUAAUAACGCCACAGCUGGAGCAUUUACCCAUUCACAGGCUUUAUUUCAAUGGUUUUAUACUUACAGCUGCCUUGUGCACUUGUGAACUUUUUUGGAGAUGAGAUGCGAAAGAGCUAUGCUGUGCACAUGCUUGCCCAUGGAUUAAUCAGACUAAGAAAAUGAGGAGCGUAAAGCAGAAAGAAGGACGCUAGUGCGGCUCUUUAGUGAUGGAGAGACCUGA